CUUCCAGAACACAGAGUAGGUGGGCGGUGUCAGUGUGCUGUAAGGCAAACAUGGCGGCGACUACAGAAGAUGAUAUUGAGUGUAAUACUCAGGACUACUAUUCGCUGCUCAACGUGAGGAAGGAGGCAACAUUGGAGGAGGUGAAAUCAUCAUACCGCAGGCUUUGUAUGCUCUAUCAUCCAGACAAGCAUCGAGACCCCGAGUUGAAAAGACAAGCAGAGCAACUCUUCAACCAGGUUCACCAGGCCUAUGAAGUGCUGAGCGAUGCCCACUCCAGAGCCAUCUACGACCUGUUUGGGAAGAAAGGGCUGGAGGUGGAAGGCUGGGAGGUGGUGGAGAGGAAGAGGACGCCGGCAGAAAUCCGAGAGGAGUACGAAAGGCUGCAGAGAGAAAGGGACGAGAGGAGGCUGCAGCAACGAACAAACCCCAAGGGCACCAUAAGUGUAGGUGUGGAUGCGACAGAUCUGUUCGACCGCUACGAUGAUGACUUCGAGGAGAUGCCAGGAGGAGGCUUUCCUCACAUAGAGAUCAACAAGAUGCGCAUUUCCCAGUCUAUAGAGGCUCCUUUGACAAAUACAGACACAGCGAUGUUGUCUGGCUCACUUUCUACCCACAAUGGGAGUGGAUGGGGGAACAUUAACAUGACCGUACGCCGAGUUUUGUCACCCAAAGGCUGGGGGGAGGUGGAGUUCGACGCAGGAGAUGUUUUGGGGCCUCUGCUUGGGUUAAAAGGGUUCUGUAAUAUUACUCCACGGUGUUUCCUCACGGCCCAGUGCAACCUGCGGUUCUCCCCUCGAGGCUUGAGGCAGAGCUGCUCCCUGAUGACGGCGCGGCGCCUGGACCAGAACACCAUGGGUUACCUUCAGUGGCGCUGGGGGCUCAACAGCACCAUGACCACCAGCCUGGUCCGAGACACGAAGACCAGCCACUUCGGUUUAGAUCUGCAGCUGGGUGUGCCUCACUCCUACCUGAUGAUGAGCUACAAGUACAAGUUCCAGGACGAAGACAAGACCGAAGUGAAAGGCUCUCUCAAGACCGGCUGGUUUGGCACCGUGGUCGAGUACGGAGCGGAGAGGAAGAUCAGCCGACAUAGUGUUCUGUCAGCCACCGUCAGUAUCGGCGUCCCGCAGGGAGUCACUCUCAAGAUCAAGUUGGCGCGUGCUAGUCAGACCUACCUGUUUCCAGUCCACCUGACAGACCAGCUGCUGCCCAGUGCGGUCUUCUACGCCACUGUGGGGCCUCUUCUGGUCUACAUGGUCGUCCACAGACUGAUCAUAAUCCCGUACACAAAAGCUCAAAAGGAGCAGUCUGAUUAUCCUUAACGCCUGGUAUGGAAAGUUUGUGUCCGACACCAGCCAGAAGCAGGACAAAGCCAAGGUGAUCGACGUCACUGUGCCGCUGCAGUGCCUGGUCAAAGACUCCAAACUCAUCCUCACCGAGGCGUCUAAGGCGGGGCUGCCGGGCUUUUACGACCCCUGUGUCGGAGAGGAGAAGAGCCUAAAACUGCUGUACCAGUUCCGAGGCGUCAUGCACCAGGUCAUUUCUGCAGACGCCGAGCCGCUGCGGGUACCCAAGCAAUCUCACAGGAUCGAAUCUGAGUCCUAGGAGCCUGUUGCUGCAGCAGAAAUGAAGAUGAGACGAACUUUGUGUCCACAGAAAACUGAACGGGACAAAUCAGCACUCCCAUUUGUCUCUUCCCUCCGUCGUCGUAUUUGUGAACGUGUCUGACGAGUCCGCCCACUCCUUCCCUUCCCCCAGAGGCCGAUUCUCAGGUCCAGCUGCUCGUCGGCUUCUCCUGACAGACCUGCUCACAUGUCCGUCUGCUGCAGGAGAUCGGCGCUGGUCCAGAACUUAGUUUUCUGUCUGAGGUGGCUGAUCGUCACCACAAGCGUGAUGAUUUUCCCUCGGUAAGGAGCUCAACAUGGACGAUCCCUGAUAUUCAUGUAAUCAAGAAGCUGUAACUUGUGUUGUGCAUCACCCUAAUAGAUUAGAGAAGUUAAACAUUAAAGGGAUAGUUUGGAUCUUUUGAAGRGGGCUUCUGUGGAAAAGUUAUAAACAACCAGCUUCCUAUUAAUAUAAACUCUAGAAAAAUGUGAAAAACGAUGGUCUUAACACAACUUAAAGCUAAAAAAAAWUUUCAUUUCUGACCAUUCAACAAUAUUACAUUCCUGCCAGAACUAACCCAGAACUGUACUGUCGGUGGAGCUCUCCAAUCCAUUUUAAUCUUGCUUAUCAAUCCAGUCAGAAUAAAUAAUUUCUCCAAAAUGACGUUCUCCAAAGCACUAUCUGCAGCAGGUAAGAUAAUAAGUGUUCAUAAUUUUUCCACAGAUCAAAAUCUGAACUAUCUCUAGGUGAAGGUUUCUGGUAACACUAUGCAGGCCAAGAGUCAGAAAGCCUGAACCUAACUAGGAUUAAAAAAUGCAUCUUCUCUUAAUUUGCAAUCUAUUUUUGUGACACGGCUGCUGCUCUUCAUGGUGCCAGUCGCUGUUUGUGAGUGUAAACUAAAUUUAGCUGUAGAGGUUUUAAAGGGAGGAGGAAAAGUUUAGAGUUGUCUUCUGGUAGUUGUGAUCCAACUAAAUGCAGACCAGCUUUAAUGCUUCACUUAGCUUUUUUUAAAUACAGUUAAACACACACAAAAAGCUAAAAUCCAACUUGGAUUUAACCUGAGUUUAUUGAUCAUCUCUGAGGAAGUGAUGCUGAAUCUGAAUGAUUUAUUUUGGUAAAAUGAAUAGACGACUAGAAGUCGGCACAAAGACAUCAGUAACAGAUUUAAAACUUAAAACGAUUAUAUUAAAGUAAAUGUUUYCAGCAAAUAUCAAAAAACUAUGAAAACUGCUACUUUACCGCUAAAGGAAGUCUCUGCAGUAAACCUGUUUAUUCUCAUAUUGUGUUACUGUAACACAGCAGAACCUCGGAGUCUUUUAGUGGUUAAUUCACACACGGUUUGACCUCUGCUGGAACUACUUUCUCAGCAGAAUAGUACURGAAACACUAAACUGCUGAUGAGCAAUCAAGUGUCGUAGCACUUAAAGAUUUUAAUUUCAGCUGCACAGUAAAGCUCUCAUUUAAGCCUAUUUAAUUAGAUUUUACUCCCUAUCUGAUUGGUCCAUCUGUCUGUAGAUGGAUUGCGCAAUAAUGAAGAGAUAGUUUCAUCUUAAGUUUUUUUUAUUUUUGGAGGGGGUAGACUUCAUAAUGAACUACGGGGAACCCUAAACAUUAUUAGGAGCACUAAAGUAGGUUAUAAGCUCUAUUUUAUAACUUGUAAAGGUUAUAUUUUGCACUAAAUGUAAGUAUAUCAGAUAUAUGAGUCUACUUAUCAUUAAAAUGGUGCUGAUCACUUUAAUUGUAGCGGUUUGCUUUAACUAAAGUAGAAACGGGGGGAGGAUCUGACUGAUCAUGUGUUGGAGCCACUACUGCAGCACCCAUUUGUCCCGCUACCUUUGUAAGGUGUUCGGUCAGAAUCUUCUGGUCCCUUCUGCCACCAUGAGGCGGGCCGAGUCUGCUCCCUGGUUUUACAUACCAAACUGACCCAUCGUGUGUUACUGUAUGACUGAAAGGAGCCUGAGCUCUGUCUUGUAAAGCCAAUAAAUGUGGAAUAAGAA